GGAGGGGAGGGGGAGAAUCCAAUCCGGUUUGAGCUAGUUCUUCUUCCAAUGGAACACUAACGUCUCUCCGCCGCCGCUGUGUUAUGUUAGACUGUACUGGCACCGCUUUUCUCUGAAUAUACCGACUGUAUUUUCAUCCUGUAUUGAGCUUCUUCUUAUAUAUAUUUUUUUAAAUUUUUCUACUUAAAAAAAAAAAAAAAAAAAAACAUACAACAAAACACCAACCAACAACAACCAACCAACCGAACAACCACACACAAAAAAAACCAACCAUGCCUAAACGGAGCACAGCAGCUGCAGGAGGUGAUUCAGCGCCCAAGAGGAGAUCUCUCAGGUUGAAAGAUAAACCUGCAGCUGCAAAGGCAGAGGCCAAACCCAAGCCAAAGAAGGUACCUGCUAAGCCCAAGAAAGCCAAGGAGGUGGAGAAGGCCAAGCCCGAGGAGAAGGCACCAGAGGCCCCCGCUGAGAAUGGCGAAGCCAAAGCUGAGGAUGAGGCACCAGCUACAGACGCAGCUGAAGAAAAAGACGAGGCGGCAGAAUAACAUCUCCCGUCUUCUACCAGUGCUCCCUGUACCUCUUUUCUUGUACAAUUCAGGGGAAUAUUUUUAUCAACUAUUUUCUAAAUACAGGUUUUUUAGUAGUUUGAUUGUAGAGAACACUUUUUUUUAAUGAAAGAAAAAAAAAGUCAAUUUGGAAGACGGGAAUUUCAUCACAUCCCACGAUUUUGCAUCGCCACGAGAAAAAAAAAGAAAUUGCGGCCAUUGCUGUUACUGUCGGUGGAUUUCAUUUCAGUUUUAAAUGUGAAGGAGGGGAGGGUGUGGGACAGGUUACCGUGUCAACACGCAAGCACAACGUUCACAGGAGCUGGGGCAACAACCGGAAGAGCUUGCCUGCGUGGAUUACAUUCCAUAUGCUUUAUAAGGGACAGUGUAUGUAAUCUGUGCUGGGGUGGGAACGGACAAAGUCACAGGGCAACUCAUUGUUUUAUUGUUUAUAAUGAAGAACAGUGUUUUAGAAUGUUUGUAAGCUUUGUUCCUAUAUGUUAACUCUUGUACUCAUACAGUUUUCUUAAUGAAUCUGAUCAAUAAAGCUAAAAAAAAAAUCCCUAGUACUGGAGCUCUCCCUAUCAGAACUGUGCAUCGCGUGUGUUGGUUGUGUCUCUGUUCUGUGAUAGCAUCGCAAUAAAUUUGUAUAGCUGCUGUGAAAAAAAAAA